CAGAGGACUCCUUGAAUUGAUUUAUAACUUUCCGUGAGAAGAUAACUAUUCUCUUCUAAUAAAUUAUGGAGUAAUUUAUGGGGAUUUAUGGAAAGUUUUUAGGAAAUGUAUAACUAUUUAUUUGAUGAAGUUCGUUUUGUAUGCCGUUUUUUUACUUAAUGAACAUUUCAAUGGGGUUUACCUUGCUGGAUAUUGCUAUGAAACUAAAGCUUUUGUUAAUUUUUCUAACAUUUGCUGUGUAACAAAGAUUUUGCUUAAUCGUCAUUCAAAUUUUCACCUCAUCCUCAAAUACAUUUUGGUAUUUAUUUUAGUGUUUGUACGCUUUUCUGUUUAAGAAAAUUAAUUUAGGUUAAAAAAUAAAAUUUGAUUUCAAUUUUAUUAUUAUUCUGUCAGAAAACCGAGUAAAGGAAUGAAGGGACACAUGAAGGUCACAAAACUUCUGGUUAUGUUCAUUGGAUUCAGCUUUGUUACUGGUAAGUUCAUUUUUUUUUUCUCGCUUGCUUUACGUAUCAAUCGAGAUUUAACAAAUUCAAAUAUUUCAUUGACUUGUAUUUUUUUUUAAAGUUCUCGAAAAAUUGCAAUACAUGCUACAGAGGUGCCCCGGUUGGCACAUUCUGUCUUAAUGUCGAGGAGCGUCAUUUUUGGAAAACUGAAGAGUUAUUUAUUUUAUUUCUAUUGUGCAAGGGGUGGCAAAAAAUAUUUUCCCGCCCCGGGUGGCCCUAACCCUAGCUACGCCACUGACGCUCUAUCUUUGCCUGGCCUGAAUCUCUCGCGUGGUCCCUAGGUGCAGCUUCCCAUCCUCCCGUCCAACCACACUGUUUUCCCCAACGGUCUUAUUAUCACUUGAUGUCACCCGGUCACUAAAUGUCCAUGCGUAACCAUCACCUCACUACCUUAUGGACCACAACAGUCUUUCACAACGCAGUGAUUCUCAUAUCGUGACUGUGUGUUUAUUUUGUUUUGCCCAUAAUUUUGUCUUGUGGGUCGUAAACAAACAUUUUUUUUUAAAUAUGCUAAAAAUAAGUGAUUCAUAAGCAAAUAAAAAUUUUUUUCUGAUGACUACACACCAGAAGAUUUUUUCCACCUACAAUUAUCUUUCCCGUCGUGUGAUUAUCAUUACAAAGGAAUUUACUCAGGAUCAAAGGAUUAGUUGGUAAAUUUCUCCUUACUUAAUUUAACAUAAGAAAAAAAAACUAUAUAUUUCUAUUUCAAUUCAUUUACAUUCAUGCGUCUAAGCUAUUAUUGUUAUUGACAGCCCAAGAUCUGAUAAGCAGUUUUGAAGUCAAUGGCCAGACCUCGGUCCUGGCCAAAAUGGGUGACCGCCUGGAGUACUACUGCAUGUCGUAUGGGUCAUCCGUGUCGUGGACACUGACUGGACAAAGAUCCGGUAAGGUGGAAAAACAAAUAUUUUUAGAAGAAAAAAAAAAAAAAAAAAAAAAAUUUUUAAAAAAAAAAAAAAAAAAAAAAAAAAAGAUUUUUUUAUAAAACACUGCCCAGGGGUCAAGACAACUUCUUGGAGUCUUUCUUUUAAAAUAUACGACGUAACACGAACCAAUUUUGUAUUCCGCUUGAAAUAGUUCUUUCAUUAAAAAUUUAAAAAAGAAAAUUGACACCGAUUAAACUUAUGAAUGGAUGAAAAAAAUAUUGUACGAUCUUGUAGUUACAUCAGGUUUUUUUUAUAAAAUUUAUUUUAUUACAGUGCUUUUGUAUAAUCAAACCCUUGCUAGUUAUUGUUGACUGUCAGCCUGUUGUGAAGCCGCAAUCACGGCAUUUUGAAGCGCUAUAUUUCAACUGUCCAGUCAACUAUUCCAAGUCUUGCAGGAAUAAGACAUUUGAGGUGUGUGAUCUUGUUUUGGAGAGCAAGGCNCCCCCCCGGUUUCUCAUUACAGGCAAUACAUUUUUUGACGAUGACACGGUCACCUCGGGGUCACUCACCGUCGGGCACCCCGCCACGUGUUUGGACAAUGACACCUACCAGUGCACCGCGAGGAGCAAUGUCGCCAAGGACGUCAAGUUUGUUGACAUUAAGAUCAUUGGCUGUAAGUUGACAAAUAUGUUUCAGCUUAUUCAGUACAGCUUGCGCGUCUUGGGUUCAGAUAGGAAAGUACCGAGGAAAAACUGUGCCCCCCCGCCCACUCCAGGCUUAAAAAAAUGAUAUAUUAUAUAAGCAUAAUAUGUAGGGUUAUAUAUAUUUAGAAUUAUAAUUUACGAUGUUAGCGCCCCCACCCAUGUUGCGAAUUGCGCCAUUUAUUCAACUUCCAGAAAUGUUUAAUGGGAGACAAGCAAAAGUUUCAGAACAUUAUUCCAGCAAGCAGAAAACUAUAACCCUGGACGGAACCAUAACCCUGAACGGAACCAUAACCCUGGACAGAACCUUAACCCUACUGGAAAAAAUAACCCUGGACGGAACCAUAACCCUAGAGGAAACAAUAACCCUAUAGGGAACCAUAACCCUAGAAGAAACCAUAACCCUAGACGGAACCAUAACCCUAGACGGUGCCAUAACCAUAGAGAGAACCAUAACCCUAGACGCAACCAUAACAUAAUCGCACCUGAUCAUCGUUCCAAAUUGUUAUAGUUUUAAUGUAUGCGUAUACCCUUCCAUACUGAACACGACUUGCAUACUUCAUAGGCGCCUUCCCGCAAAAUUUGUUCAGCCGAAUCAGCCGCGGCUAAGUUCACUCAGCGGAGUUAUGUUAGGGCGCUGAAGAGACUCAUCCGACACUAACAUAUUCUUUGUGUUCACCUCCAGCCAAAUCAAAGCUCUCAAGAGCUGGAAGCAUAUCCAAUAAAUCAAUAAAAUGUACACGUAGCAAUAAUUAUUACACCUUUUUAAAAUCCUUUUCAUAUGGGUUUUUUUUUUGUUUUUUUCAUUUUCAAGGUUGAAGCGGUGAUGGGUAAACGAUCUCAAAAUCGACGUACAGCUAAGUGCUACAUUAUAGAGUGAAAGAUUCAAUUAUUAUAAAGCACGACUUAGUCUUUUCUGAACUGAAACGGACAGAUACUUCUUCAAUGUAACUUCAAAUACUCAACAGAUGAGGUUACUCGAACUUUUGAUCUAAAGAAAUAGCCAUCGAAAAAAAAAUCACAUUUCUGGCUAUAAUGCAACAGAAGACUGGCGUGUGUAUGUGUACAUCAGAAGACUGGCGUGUGUAUGUGUACAUCAGAAGACUGGCGUGUGUAUGUGUACAUCAGAAGACUGGCGUGUGUGUGUGUGUGUGUACAUCAGAAGGCUGGCGUGUGUGUGUGUGUGUGUACAUCAGAAGUCUGGCAUCUGUAUGUGCACAUCGGAAGGCUGGCGUGUGUAUGUGUACAUAAUGUAUAUGUGCGCGCGUGUUGUGAACGCUGCGUACAAAAUUGAUGCAUGCUAGUCGGUCUAAAAAAAUGUGUAUGUCUGUGCUAGAUUUAACGAAGGUGUGCAUGGGAAAUGAUGCGUCUUGAUAUCUGAACUGUUUAGUAUGUGUGUUUUACCAAACAGUAAUCACAGUUUCGCUGCUGGGAAA